AUGGGAAAGUCAUCUAAAGACAAGCGUGAUCUCUACUAUCGUAGGGCCAAAGAAGAAGGAUGGAGAGCUAGAUCCGCUUUCAAGCUUCUCCAAUUAAACGAACAGUUUCAGCUCUUUAAAGAUGUGAAAAGAGUGGUUGAUCUAUGUGCAGCUCCAGGGUCUUGGUCUCAGGUUUUGUCUCGAGAAUUGUACCAAACGCAGAAGAAUUCACACGACGAAGCUAAGAUAGUGGCCGUCGACCUUCAGCCAAUGACUCCAAUCGACGGAGUAACGACAUUGCAAGCAGACAUUACGCAUCCCAAGACGUUGGUCAAGAUCAUGGACAUUUUCGGUGGAGAACCUGCGGAUUUUGUCUGCUCCGAUGGGGCACCCGAUGUCACUGGGUUGCAUGACUUGGACGAAUACCUCCAAGCUCAGUUAAUUUUAUCAGCAUUACAGUUAACCACAUGUCUCUUGAAACCUGGUGGAACGUUUGUAGCAAAAAUCUUCAGAGGAAGAGAUAUCGACCUUUUGUACGCCCAACUCAGCUAUUUGUUCGACAAAGUUGUGUGCGCCAAGCCCAGGUCAUCCAGAGGGACGUCAUUGGAAGCGUUCAUCGUGUGCAUUGGUUACAAACCGAGAGAGGGCUGGACUCCAAAGCUCGAGUUGAACAAAUCCGCUGAAGAAUUCUUCGAGGGUGCUAAUAUAGGAAGAUCUGACAAUUUGAAGUUCUUUGAGUUGCCAGACCCGGAAGAGAGAGUCAUUGCGAACUUCAUUGCGUGUGGUGACUUAUCGGAUGUCGACUCUGAUGCUACAUACACACUUGAUGCCAGCGAGAGCAGAGUAGUGCUAGACCCGGUGCAGAUGCCAACGUCUCCGCCCUAUAAACUUGCGUUAGAAAUGAAGAGACGAGGAGACCUUGUGCGCAGGUGA